UGUAAAGAAAGCAUAUUGUAAAGGUGAUUUUAGAAACAUUCUAAAAGUGUUUCGGAAAAAUACGAGAAAAAUUGACUUCAGAAGGGUUGAAAAUAAAUGGUUUAAAAGUUUGUCAAAAGUUGUAAAAUGUUUUACAUGUUUUGGAUGUUCCUUCAAAGUUGAAGAUGACCUAUCUCACGACCAGGCAAUAUAAUAUAUAUAAUUGGAAAAUCCUUUAGCUAUAAAUAGUCUGCUUUGUUUUCAUAGAAAAAGUUUGAUGCCAUUUUGCAGUAAUACAUGUCGACGGAUUCUUACUAAACAAAAAGGUUACUUUUAUAAGACUGCUGUAAACAUCUUUGCAUCAAUGUUGCUUUUAAUUAUCAGCCUGUACUUAUUGGCUUAUGGUGUGUUUGCUGAGGAAGCAACUCAAACUAUUACGUUAACAUGUACAAGUAAUAGUGAAGAUGUUCUCUUUGAAGAAGUGGACAAUUAUGAGUGUAAAGUUCAACUGUUGGGAAAUAAGGAAGGAGCGUCGCAAUCAAUAUUACGUGGUUAUAUAAAAAUAAAUAAUACCAUUGACUUUGAUGAUAAAAAUUCAUUAACGAUAUGUAAUAUAGACGUCAAGAACAAAACAGCAGCUGAACGUUGUUAUUGUAAUAAUAGUGACUGCAGUGAGAUCAUAUGGAAUAUGUUUGCAUUACAAAAUGAUAAUAGGAAAUUAAUCAAAGCAGGUUGGCUAUACAACGAAGCAACGGAAAUAUUUUCUAAAGAACUAAGAGUGCCACAUAGUAUUAAAGCUCCAAGAAUCGAAGAUGUACAUUUUUCAGUAAAUAACCAAGAUGUAAGAAAAAAUGAUAGAAUUCGUAUUUCCAAUGCUGACAGCAAACUAUAUUUAACAUUAUCGUCUGAUGAUAAAGAAGCAUUAAAACUGUGUACAUUGGAUUAUGAUACUGAUGAUCAUCACAUGAAGAGUGGCAACACAAUCAUUUUGAAACCGGAGAAUAUAACUAUCAAAGUAAAGAUGUGUGGCAGGGAGCUGGGACGUUACAACUUGAAGAUACUAUAUGAAGAUGAACUGAAGAAAAAUACAUUUCAAAGUUAUGAAAGCUCAACAAAAACACUAACAGAUGACCCAAACAAGUUGGUAAGGGACCUCUGUAUUGCUACUUUGACAAUUGUUAGUGUUGGUGUGUUAACACAAUUCAUUUACUAUGUGGUUCUAGCGAUUUCACAUAUUCUAGCAAAGAGAAGAGAGACAAAGAGGAACCGAAAAGAGAAGACGGAAAAGGACAACAAAUCUCUUAAAUCCGAACACCAAAAGCUAAACUCAAAGAAUAAUACUAUUUAAGAAUAUAUUACAUUUUUCUUCUAGUCUGUUUUUGUUCUCUUGGCUUCGUUGCUGCUUUGUUUACACAGUCAAAUAUAAAACUAAGUCAGCUAUACAUACUAAAAGAGCUUUCGAGAUCAUUUUUAAAACAUUCUAUUACACCUAAAGUUUUAAUGUGAAAGAUAUGCUUUAGUGUUUUCUGGAUUUUUUUUUUCUACAAAAUCUUUAACAUGUUUUUGUCUGCUUUUUUUUUUGUCACUAGUAGCAUAUGUGUUAUAUAUGUAACAAUAUAAUAUAGUUGUAACUAUAAUGGCGAAACAAUAGAGCUUAGGUGUGUGCGACCUACUGUAACACUUAACAAAUGGCACAUGUCAAUUGACAAUGGAAACGACCAGUUCACGCAAAUAUGACCCGCAAUAUGGUAAUGUGACUAAAAGCCUUACAUAACCACAUACGAGUUUGUAGUGUAAGGUCACUUCUCAAAGCGAGGAGACUGAAAAGUCAGCACAGGUACAGUAAGUCCUCGAGUCCCCCACCGACAAGCCCUAGUAAAGGAACAUGACUAUUCGGACUCGUGCCUUUUCAAAGCAUAAGUAGAUAUCAGAGCGCUUAUGUGCUACUUAAAAGAACACAUGAACGUAUUUCAGAUAUAGAUUGGUACAAAGCUGAAGCCUGAUAUUUACCAUGAUUUAACAGAUGGGUACCGUUAUCACACUGAACUAGUGUCCAGAAAUAAAUAGAGAGACAUUAGAGUUUAGUUUGUUAGUUGGACAUUAUUUUGGAUUUACUGUAGUCAAGUUUAUGAGUUAGAUGUUUUCUGUUGAGUAGUGUUUACAAAAAACGUAUGUAUUGCUUCUUUAAAUGGAGAGCUAUCAAGAGUUAAAUUAAAAGUGUAUUUUACAUUUAAUAUUGUAUUGCCUAUAAAAAUAAAUACCACAUUUUUUGGCCUUUAAAUUUAAAAUGGUUUGUAUAUAAUAAUAUUAUAUAAGUAUUAUCCUUGAGGAAAUGUAUCUUACAAUUGUUUCGGAUAUUACAUAAAAUAAAAGAUUAUAAUAAUAGCAAACGAAAUAUACAUUCACGCAUGGUUACAUUCAAACAUUAAAUGUGAAUUUUUUAUUUUUUUAUUUUUUUUUUGAAAACUAAAUUCCUUGUAAUGACAACAUAUCCACAAUAAGGUACUAUUAAAGCAGUCUUAGUCUUUGAUUCAUAUGCAUGCACACACACAUUUAUUUAUUUAUAUAUAUAUAUAUAUAUAUAUAUAUAUAUAUAUAUAUAUAUAUAUAUAUAUAUAUAUAUAUAUAUAUAUAUAUAUAUAUAUAUAUAUAUAUAUAUAUUGAGAGAGAGAGAGAGAGAGAGAGAGAGAGAAAUAUAGAUAUAUAGAUAUAUAUGGUAUUAAAUUUGUUAUAGUGUAUUGAUUAUUAAGAGUAGUUGAUUAUUAAGAGUAGUUGAUAAUGUUGUAGAUUUAAAAUUACGUUUGUAAUCCGAUUAAGAUCGUCGACUUCACUACAAAACACCGAGACAGAUAUUUACAAGUAUACUUUAAAAACAAAAAAAAAACAUAUAUUUUGCCACCUAACAAGUAUGCUAGAGUUCUAGUCCUAACUCUAGUAGAGUUGUGUUUUCUGAGAGCCUAAGGGCAACAUGGAAACUUUUCCCAGAUGAAACCUAACCAACUCUGGUCCAGUAAAGAGAUUGCACUGAGCAUUUUAUAAUCAUUAAAGCAUGAAUUGAUGUAAUUAAAAAAAAAAGAAAAUUGUAUCUAUGAUGUCAUUAUUUUAUUUUAUAGAUUUAGACUAUCAUUAAAAGGUAUGUACCAUAUGCUUUAUUUGUAUAUAUUGUUUUUCUCAAUCGUAACUUUUAUACUUAAAAUAAUUUACCAUGAUAUUUUUUAAGAGUUGCUUGAGUCUGAGUUUGAUCUUGGGGUCGUGUUCUAUUUGAUGGUAGACCUGCUUGCAAGUCACAGAGUUAUUGAAGUGCUUAAAAAAAAAAAGGUUUUAUGGUUUUAAAGUAAAACAAAAGUCUAUAGUUUAAAAGAGUUAUCGAACAAUUUAAUUCUCUACCCAAGGUUUAUCUACCCUUUCAUUACUAUACUAUUGGUCAUUUACAAAAUCAUUAUAAACGACUUGUUGAUUAACUUUUUAUAAUUACUUAUUACUGGUUCCUGUGUUGUCAUCGACAAUGAAUAGCUGAGCAAAAUGUUUAACUUGAUCCGAGAAUGGGAAGUAGUCAUCAUCAUCAUCAAACUCCGUUAGAGUGAGGGCUUGAGAGGCUUAAAUCCUCUCUUGCAAAAGCCCUGGACAGAAACCCUGCUGUCUUGCGUAGUGCAUACAUGUCACCAUACAGGUCGAGAGUUUUGGGUUUCCCAGACCUGUCGAGACGGAGAUCAGCAAGUCUGGAGCAGUCAAACAGAACAUGAGGCACGGUUUCCUCUUCCUCCCCGCAGCGAGGGCACCGUAAAUCGAAAUUUGGCCAAAGCCGUGAGAAAUAUGAGCCAACAGGACAAUGGCCUGUCCUGCACUGUGGUAUAAUAGCCUGCUCAGGCCUGGACAGCCUCCACCACGGGGAAGUGCGGUCAGGGCGCCUCAUGCGCUCCCAGACUCCACGGGCUAUUUGGGAAUUGUCCCAGCACUCAAACCACUUUUCCAUUUCUGUUUUUUGAAUUAUUGCCAGGGCUUGAUGAAAGCUUACAAACUGUUCACUGGGUGGAAUUUGCCCUCCCUGGUAGGCCAAGGGGUGUUGCCAGUCACACCUAUGUGACUCGGUACCCACUGCAUUAUUAUUAAUGGGAAGUAGCAAAAAAAAUGUGCUCAAGAUUACACCUAGCCAGACAGUGUGAGAUGAAGUAAGCUUUUUAAUAACUAUCAGUUACUAAAAUAGAACUGUUAAAAAUUUGACGCCUAAUUAGUAGCUACAAUAUAAAUGCAAAGAACACUCCGACUUCUAAGCGGUAACUAAAUAAUUAUGUCUAUGCUAAUUGAGUAUCUUGUUUUUCAAUUUUCAAACUUACCUCACGUUGAUAACUAAUUUGGCUAUUUAUUUUCAGUUAUUAACUCUUUCUCUCCCUAAUUUUUCCCCUUUUUCAAGGAAUUCUUAAUUUUGCUUAUAACUAUUUCACUACCCCUGUUAUGAUUAAGCUUCAAUAGCUUUGUUUUGUGUUAUCAGAAAGCGGUUUAGAAUGAAAGGGAAAUGCAUGCUAUUUUUAUAUAAAAAGUCAAGUUUUAAAAGAAUUAACCAUUAAUUUAAUGCAAUGAUAACAAAUCAACGAUGGAUUCGUCGAUUAGGAGAUAAAGUGUUAAACACAGCUAAAAUGAACGCUACACACUCUUUCUAACAGUAUUCAUGUUUAUGUUUGUUUGUUUUUUUUAAUCUAUAGCUUUCUUUUUAAUGACAUUUUUAUAUAACAAAUAUAAACGCAUUAAACUUUUUAUAUAUUAAAUAUUAUUUUAGUAAUCUGUGAAUUAUUUUGUUUGCUUUAUUAGUUGUGAGCAAAGGAAUGUAAUACACUAUCUAUAAUAAUUAUGUCGUAACCAGCUGGGUAGAUUCCGGAUUCAGCCUCCUCCCUAACCAGAAAUAUGUAUCCCUCCCUCGGAAAAUAUUACAAAUUGAUUUUUUUUUACUAUUCACUAGGCUCCAUAUAUAAAGCAAAAUAACAAUGAUUCUUUUUUUUUUGUUUUGGUAAUUGUAAAAAAGUUAUUAUCAUCUCAUCAAGUUCCUUGACUUUCAUCGUAAGGGUGCUGUGACACUUUGCGCAACCAAAUCCUUCCACUUUUCCUGGUUAGCAGCUGUUAUUUGUAGGAUAGUAAGAGAAAACCGGUCCAUUCUUUUAUGUUAUCUAGCCAGCUUAUCUUAGAACGACCCUUUCUUCGUGAUCCCUUCAAUGUAACUUGAAGAAUUAAUUUUUGAGAGUGCGUCAUGUAUUACAGUAUGACCAAACCAGCAUAGAUUUUGUCUUUUCAUAGUAUUAAGGUACAAACUCCUAGUAUAUGAUACCAAGCAUUUCUCUGUAGCAUUUAAUGUACUUAAAAUGAUUGGAUUCUUCUUUCAGCAUCGACAUUCAGUGUUUAACUUUCAAAACCAUAUAAAAGUUAAUAGACCACUAGCGAAGAAGAUGCUUCUUUUUGCAAAUAUUAUACAGACGAUGCCACGCUUAAACAUUUUUUUUUGUUUAAUCUGUUUUAUACUUGUUAGGCGCUUUCGCAGAGUCUAAAGCGAAUAAUCAAACGGAGGUAACACUCAACGAAAUCCAAUAUAACCGGAGAAAGGCCGAACAAUCAAUAUUAGUUAGUCGAUGCUUAUACUGAAUGUCAAAUACAAAGUUUAAUAGCUACCAAAGGAACCGUCAAAUGAAAGCUAACCCUCUACGUUUAAAAAAAUCUUCCUAUUACUAAGACGUCCUGGAUGUAGCCUGUUGAGGUCGGCUGAGAUUUCGUUCAGCCGAAAUCAUAGUCUUGUUUUUUACUAGUCACAUCAUUGUCUCUAAGUCAUAACUUCCCCAAUUUCCGAAACAAACAAUUAAUUCCUAAUCGUCCCAUAACACCCUUCUUGUCUUGUUAUAUUAGACUCCGUGUACUCGAAUGAAUUAACUUCUUCGUAUGUUAGGCCAUUCAACAGUAUGCAACAUAUUGUACUAUAUCAACCAUAAACUAAUGUUUUUUUCUUCACUAAUUUUAAUGUUAAAUGCCCAAGCUACAGGACUCAGUUUUGAAGUAAUAUCUUGUACCUGUUCUGCAUUUUUGUCAAUGAUGUAUACGCAUACUACGCAUCUCAUGUGUAAUGCAUGACUAGAUUUACACAUAACAUGCCUAGGACGUAAUAAUCUCCUUUUUUUGAAGUAACGUCUGACAUAUAUGCUAAGCUAAGGAAACAUUAUAUUUAUUGGACUCUCAUUAUGUUUUGUGCGCUUUGUUAACUUGGGUUUUUAAGCCAAUUUUUUUACAGAUGUUAUGUCAACUAACUUUGCUUGUCUGGUAAAAAGUUUGUACAGGUUAUUUCUCCCAUACCAAAUUUGAAAUCAAGUUAAAUUUUACACAAUUAUUUUUUUUACCAGAAAACACAAGAAUCAAUAAUAAAAAUAAAAUAGUUAAUCAACUAUUGGGAGCGAGGUGGCUUAGUGGUUAAGCGCUUGGCUUCCGAACCUGUUGUCCUGGGUUCGAAUGACAAUGACGACUGAGAUUUUCAAUUUAGGGAUUUUAUAGAAACUAUCCAACUCUAAUGGUUACCUGACUUUAGGUGGGGAAAGUAGAGGCGGUUUGCGGCUUUUCUUGCCACUUGACGCUCUGCUAGUUUACCGUUGACCAUAGAAACAGAUGUUCUUAACAUUAUCCUUAUUUUAUUUUUUAAAAAGAGUAUAAUCCAAUCAGUAUUAUUAAAAUGGAGGUAACCAGUGUUCCUUUGAAGUAUUUAAUGAAAUAGCAAUAAAUAGAUGUUUGAGUAAUAAAUUAUGGCUUUACCAUUAAAUAUUUUUUUUAAAUUAAAUUUAUUGAAAAUAUUUACAAAAGUUGUAACAAAUAGUAUUAGUUCAUUGAGGCAGCCUUUUAAAGGUGAGGCCUUUGGAGAGAAACCGCGUUGUCUUUUCUGCCAUAAAUCCGAUUCUAUUUAUUUGUAAAGUAUAUUGGGAUAUAUGUAUCUGUUGAUUGUUAAACUUUUUUAAGAAACUAUAAAAAAUGUUAUAUCAUACUUUUAUUAUGCCCUUUUACUUUUUUUUUCCUCGAACUGUAUAUUUUUUUGGCAUUUUUGUAUUCAAUUCCAAACAAUUAAAUGAAAAAAGUAAAAAUAAAAUUUAAAAAAAACCUUA